AAUUCCGACAGUUUUCCCGGGCAGUUGAGAAGAAGAAAAGAAGGUCGUUAAGACCCAUGCAAAUGCAUCUUGGUUACUGACACGUAUGCUGAGACGUGUCAGUGUCUCUAGUAUUGUUAGAACAUGAAAAACCCAACCUGAUAGAUAUCUCUCUCUCUCUCUCUUCAUUUCCUUCCUCUCCAGUAGCAAAUUAAAGAAACACAAAAUACCAACCUGAAGCUAAAAUCUUUCGUGUCCAAGAAAAUGGCAAGCCCAAAGGGAAUUGAUGAAGCUCUAGAAGCCUCUGAUUUGACAUUUCCGGCAGCCGACGUUGAUAAAGAAUUGCGUCCCGGCGGGGAAAACAAGAAUUUUGAAGUUGAUACCAUAUCGUCUGAAGUGGCUACCUCGUCGGAGACCAAGCAACAAGCUGAGAUUGAGGAAAAGAGAAAGGAAAGGAGGAAGAAGGAGGCACUGCAGACGCUGAAAACAACCAUUCUAGUAUCGGCGGCGAUCGUGGCUGUGGCUGGGGUAGUCUGUGCAGUAGCCAAGAAGUUGAGAGAGAAAUGAACCUAUUAGCCGGAUAAUAGUAGUAGCUCGAUCUGGGGUUUUUCUUUUUCUUUUUGCCCUUUCGUUUCUUUUUCUUUUCUUUUUUUCUUGAAUGUCGAUGGUGUCUUUUUGCUAUCCCCGAAAGGGUAUUCCUCCUUCCAGUAUACUAUUUUGAUGGAAGUUGUGAAACAUGGACAUAGUGUUACCUUCU